CAGCUGCUCUGCCUGUAAGACUCAGGAAAAGGAGAACCUAGAAAGAUGUCCACCUUGAGAGUACUGCUGAGCUUAGCUUUGCUGGUCAUAUGUGCCAUGUGCGAAGCUUCCACUGGCAAGUUUAGCACGUGCUGUACCCAGGUCUCGGCUGGUAAACCUAGCCCUGACACCAUAAUUGAAAACUUCAUCAUCCAACCAAAAGAUCUUCCUUGUGUUCAUGCUGUGAUGUUCAUCACCAAUAAAGGGAAAAUUAUCUGCUCCACUCCCAGCGCACGCUGGGUUAAGCUGAAGGUUCAGGAAAUCAGGAAAAAGAAUGAAAAAGAAAAUAAUGAUCUAAAAAAUGAAGAUUGAAGACGUGAUCAUCGGCAGAGAGUUACAUAUAUCUGAGCUCCAGAGCACAAAUUAUUAUUAGUAAUUUAUAGAUAUUUAAUUUCAGGGCAGUCAAUAAUUUAUUCCUGUAAUAUUUUUGCAUUUUAGGAGUUAAAAACAUUUUAGUAUUUAUUCAGAUUUUGAAAGGUUGUUGUUUUUGUGGUUUAUAAAUCUGCAUCCUUGAAGGGGUUGUCCAACUGUUUACAAUUUUUGGUCUAUCCUCAGGAAAGGCCGUCAUUAACUGCUUGGUAGAAGUCUGACACCUGGCACCCCUGUUGAUCAGGGUAGCAGUAGCUCCUGGCCAGAACUACAAAGCUUCUCCUGUUGUGCAGUAGAGAGACCUGGUUACUGCGGAGAUGCUUCCAUGGAAGUGGUUGAGAGUGGCACUGCAGUAACUAAAUCCACUCGCUGCACAAUGGAGGUGUAGUUCCAGCACCAGAGAUACUGCAGUACAGUUGAUCGGUGGGUUUGAGGGUGUUGGACCCCCAGCCAUCAAAUAGUGAUGGCCUGUAAAGGGUUGGUCAACCCCAUUAAUGUCCACAAGUUCUUAUAUUUGUACCGAGCCUUCAUUAAUAUGUAGGCACAGUACCACGUAGACAUAUUAUAAUAUAGAAUGUAAUUGAAUUUCUAUUUCUGAUGCAUAUCUAUAAAACACAAUCUUCUUCCUAGAUAAAAGAUAUAACUUAUCUUUAUUUAUUAAAUAUUUAAUGAAAUAACCUAUAGAUGGGGUUUCAUGUUUUCACAAAUGUUAUUGUGCUGAAUAAUAGAUUUCAUAACCAAUUUUAAUGUACGUACAGCUUGGGCCAAUUAAAGAUUUAG